AGAGCAAAAAUCUUUCUCAGACCCAAUAAAAUUAUCAUAUUGCCCUUCCGUGAAGGCUGAAUCUUAAUUUAGCCAGCGUCCUCACCCAGGGUAUUUUUGUCAAACCAAUUUCCAACGGCUCUAAACUCGAGAUCGACCGGCCGUUGCAAUAUUCUGUAAGCAACGGGCACACCAAGCUAAAAGGAAACCCUAAUUUUUGAAAUAUAGAAAUAUUGUCUAGUCAGUGUGAUACUACACCAUCGCUCUCUCUGAUCAAUACUCGCAAAAAUCAACGAAGCCACCAUCGAUUUCUCAUCGGUGUUCUCUCUCUCAAUAAUCAACGAAGCUACCAUCGAUUUCUCAUCGUGUUCUCUUUCUCAAUAAUCAACGAAGCUAGCAUCGAUUUCUCAUCGGUGUUUUCUCUCUCAAUAAUCAACGAAGCCACCGGAAAUUGAUUUUUCAUCGUCUUCUCUCUCUUUAUCUCACUGUUUUCUCUCUCUAAAACUCUAUUUCUUUAAUCUGGUUUUCUGUUUUGCAGGGUUUUUUUUUUUCUUUUCCCUUUUGAUUUUGUAGGUAUCUUUCUUUUUUUUUUUUUGUGCUAACGUUAUGGAUGCAGGAUCUAGGAGGAUCUCUUCUUCACGCUUAAUUUGCAAGACACAGUCUCGAUGCCCUCUUCAAGAACAGUUUAUGCAAAGGAGAAAUGCUCGAGAAAACUUGGAUAGAUUCAUACCAAAUCGGUCUGCAAUGGAUUUCGACUACGCGCAUUACAUGCUGACUAAGGGGAGGAAAGGCAAAGAGAACCCGGCUGUGAGCUCUCCAUCCAGUGAAGCAUACCAGAAGCUACUGGCAGAAACCUUCAACAUGAACCGGACCCGUAUACUGGCUUUUAAGAAUAAGACCCCCACUCCUGUUGAGGCGAUUCCCUACCAUUUCUCCUCAUCUGUUCACCAGUCCAAACCAACAAAGCCCUGUCGGUACAUUCCCCAGACUUCUGAGAGGACAUUAGAUGCUCCCGAUCUGGUUGAUGAUUACUACUUGAAUUUAUUAGAUUGGGGUAGCAGCAAUGUUCUUGCCAUUGCUCUUGGAAACACGGUAUAUCUAUGGGAUGCUUCUGAUGGUUCUACCUCAGAACUUGUCGCCCUUGAUGAUGAAAAUGGACCAGUGACAAGCGUAAAAUGGGCUCCUGAUGGCCGACACAUAGCUGUUGGCUUAAACAAUUCUGAAGUACAUCUUUGGGAUUCUACAGCCAAUCGACAGUUGAGAACUUUGAGAGGUGGUCAUCAAUCACGAGUUGGGUCCCUGGAUUGGAACAAUCAUAUUUUGACAACCGGAGGAAUGGAUGGUCAAAUCAUCAACAAUGAUGUAAGAGUCAGAUCACAUAUAGUUGAAACCUAUAGGGGACACCAUCAAGAAGUUUGUGGGUUAAAAUGGUCAGCCUCAGGCCAGAAAUUAGCAAGUGGGGGAAAUGACAAUCUCCUCCAUAUAUGGGACAGAUCAGUGGCUUCGUCUAAUUCCCCAACACAGUGGCUUCACAGGCUCGAAGACCACACAUCUGCCGUGAAAGCACUUGCUUGGUGCCCAUUCCAGGUUAACUUGCUGGCCUCUGGUGGAGGAGGAGGUGACAGGUGUAUAAAAUUUUGGAACACCCACACUGGAGCAUGCUUGAAUUCGGUUGACACAGGCUCUCAGGUCUGCUCUCUGUUGUGGAAUAAGAAAGAGCGUGAGCUGCUUAGUUCUCAUGGUUUUACUCAGAAUCAGCUCACUCUUUGGAAAUACCCAUCAAUGGUGAAAGUAGCAGAGCUUACUGGUCAUACAUCCAGAGUUCUUUUCAUGGCUCAAAGCCCGGAUGGAUGUACAGUUGCUUCUGCAGCAGGGGAUGAAACACUGAGAUUUUGGAAUGUUUUUGGGACUCCUGAAGUGGCAAAACCUGCACCAAAGGCAAACCCGGAGCCAUUUGCUCGCUUUAACCGGAUUCGUUGAGUGUCAUUGGAAAAGAUUUGGUUGAGGAGACAUACACAAGAUCAUUGUAUAUUAAAGUCACGAGGCAAACCUGGAACCAGCUCACUUAAACCGAAUUCGUUGAAGAUCAUUAAUGUUUUGUAUGAUGAUGGCAAACGUAAUCUCGUAUUAUUCUCAAACUAAACUAGUUGCAGAUAGAUGGUGAAUACGGCGGCUUGUAUCCAACUGGUUUUUCAUUAAACGUCUAAACACGACCUCUCUGUAUUUCUGAAUUUUGAGCUCAAGAUAGAAGCACCAUGAAUACAUCAGCUUGCUUUCCAAUUGGUUUUCAUUUGUAUUUCAUUUGAAAGCUUCCCCUAAGUACAAUUUGGUGUGUACAACAGAAAUCCGUAGAUAUGGAUUUCUGUUGUACACCAAAUUGUACUUGGUGAAAAAUUAUGGUGGACGUAAUCGCCCCCUCUUUUGUAUUUCUGAUUUUUGAGCUCGAGAUAAGAGAAGUGAAGCACCGAGGAAAGGGUAGAGAAUAGGGAGAUACAGAUUUCUUUUAUACUUAAUGGAAGCUUUGAAAUUAUUUUUGCCCAUGGACGUAGUCACUCAUUGUGACGAACCAUGUAAAACUGUGGGUCUUUUGCUUAUGUUCUAUGCCUUUUUUUUCCUCUUAAAAGUAUCGUUCA